AUGUACAAGUCAGUUUUGUUUGUAGCCAUGUUGGCUGUUGUUAUGUUCGCAAUGAGCGCAGAGGCCAUUGACUGCCGCUUUGUAAAGUGUGCUGGUGUCAAUGCUACUGAGUGCAGAUUGAAUGGUGGUCGUUUCAUUCCAAGAAAUGGAAGAGAUAGAUGUUGUGAUGAGUGCAAGAACAACUGUGCCGCCACCAUGUGUUUGGCCGUCGACCAAACAUCAUGUGAGGCCAACGGAGGUGUCUUCACCCCAGCCAACCUCUUCAACGGUCGCUGCUGCGCAUCAUGCUACUACGACCCAAUCAUGUGUGCUGCCGUCCAAUGCCUACGCAUCGAUGAGGAUCGCUGCACUGCCAACGGUGGUGAGUUCCUCCCCGCCGACAUCACCAAGGGUCGCUGCUGUGCUGGUUGCAAGAACAACUGUGAUCUGGUCGACUGCGCCAACGCCGACGAGCAGCAAUGUAUCGCCACAGGUGGUCGCUUCAUCCCAGCCGAUAUCCCACACGGAAAGUGCUGUGCUUCCUGUGAGGACAACCCAUGCAUGGUCGUCCGCUGUGCUGGCGUCAACGAGACCAAGUGCCGCGAGUCUGGAAAGAUCUUUGUUCCAGCCAACCCACCAACCAAGUGCUGCGACUCCUGUGAGACCCGCUUCACCAUCGAGCCCCAGAACCCAUGUGCCCUAGUCCUGUGUCCAGCCAUCGACAAGAAGAAGUGCAACAACUCUGGCAGAUUCUACGUUGAGGCCAACCCACCAACCAAGUGCUGCGCCACCUGUGAGGUCCGCAUGACCAUCGAGCCCCAAGACCCAUGUGCCCUCGUCAAGUGUGCCGCCAUCGACAAGAAGCUGUGUAACGCCAACCCAGACACCAUCUUCUCCGGUGCCUACCCACCACACAAGUGCUGCUCCACCUGUGAGCCACGUUACACAAUUGGACCAGUUCCACUUCCAGUUCAAUAA